GCACACUCUUUCUCUGCGAGCCUCCUCUGACUGCAAAAAAUAAACACAGAAGAACAUAUGGCUGCUACACCGGAUCAAUGGUCAUUGCAUGAGGAAUGAACCUUCAGGAUGGGAAUAUUGUUAUUUGAUCCAAUGUGGGAAGAUUUAAACAGGAAGACAUGGAUAUGCUGCUUGAGAGAAGCUGUGCUAUAAACAAACUUCACUGAAGACUCCAGCAGAGUCAGGUGAGUUAAUGGGACAGGAGAGUUGGACUCAAAUGUACAGCUCAGGGAUGACCAGCACCCCAGCCAUGGCUCCUCUGUCUCCAGGGCCGAGUGGCACCCCACCACGCUCCCCUCUGUCAACCAGGAAGACCACCUUUCAGUCUUUGGGGUCCCUGACAUCAGGAGUUAUGUCCCCCUCGCUUGGUAAGGGCUCCUCUUAUCAGGCAAGAAAGGCCUCGAUUUCCUUGAACUCAUCCAACCCGUCCAUUAUGAGCUCUUCCAAACUCUGGCAAAAAGCGUCCAUCUCCAGACUGGCGGAGGAGUUUUUCUGGAUUGGUGGCAGUGUGGUGGCACAGCCAACAUGGAGACUGGGUCAGAUGGUGGAGAGGUGUAUGUGCACCAUGCAGGUCGGCACUCAGAUGACCAAAAUGAAGGGGAAGAAGAAAGGACUUGUCCGAUUCUUUUACCUAGACGAGCACAAGUCAUGCAUCCGUUGGAGGCCCUCCCGUAAACAUGACAAGGCUAAAAUAUCUAUCGAUUCCAUCCAUGAAGUCUGUGAGGGGAAAAAGUCAGAGAUGUUCAGGCGGUACGCAGACAACCGUUUCGACCCAAACUAUUGCUUCAGUAUUUACUACGGGGAGAGAGUGAAGUCCCUGGACUUAGUCUCCAACAAUGCAGAGGAAGCCCGCACCUGGAUCACAGGGCUCAAAUACCUCAUGGCUGGCAUCAGUGAUGAGGACAGUUUUACCCGGAGGCAACGCACCCGUGAUCAAUGGUUACAGCAGACUUUCUCUGAGGCCGACAAAAACGGAGAUGGCACCUUGAGCAUUGGAGAAGUUCACCAGCUGCUCCACAAACUAAAUGUGAAUUUACCCAAGGAGAAAGUCAGGCAGAUGUUUCAAGAAGCAGACACAGACAAGAACCAGGGCUCGCUGGGCUUUGAAGAAUUCUGUGCGUUCUACAAGAUGAUUUCCACUCGCAGAGACCUUUACCUGAUAAUGAUCUCCUACAGCAAUCAGAAAGAAGUCCUGGAUCUUCACGACCUCGCACGCUUUCUGGAAAACGAACAGAAGAUGCGAGGUUUGCCCAAAGAGUAUCUAGUCGACAUAUUAACCCAGUUUGAGCCAUGUCAUGAGAACCUGCAGCGAUCAGUGCUGGGUAUUGAUGGUUUUACCAACUUCAUGAGGAGCCCGGCAGGUGAUAUUUUUAACCCCGAGCACAAUCAGGUGCACCAGGACAUGACGCAGCCUCUGACCAACUACUUCAUUGCCACUUCACACAACACCUACCUGACAGGAGACCAGCUGCUCUCUCAGUCUCGAGUGGAAAUGUACGCCUAUGUUCUGCAGGCAGGCUGUCGCUGUGUGGAGGUGGACUGCUGGGACGGGCCUGAUGGGGAGCCCAUUAUUCAUCACGGCUACACCUUGACAUCCAAAAUUCCCUUUAAAGAAGUCAUUGAGACUAUUAACAAAUAUGCCUUCACAAAAUCACCGUACCCAGUGAUCUUGUCCAUAGAGAACCACUGCACUGUGCCUCAGCAAAAAAAGAUGGCUGAGUAUCUGAAGGAGGUGCUACAGGACAAACUUGAUCUGUCCAGUGUCAAUGUACAUGAAUGCAAGAAGUUGCCUUCCCCUGAGUUUCUUAAAGGGAAGGUUUUAGUCAAGGGUAAAAAACUGCCAGCAAACCUAGAUCCUAAUGCAGAGGAGGGUGAUGUGUCCGAUGAAGACACCGGUGAUGAGGAAGAGGAGGAGGAAGAAGAUGAGGAUGAUAAUCCACAGGACGGAAGUAUCGUUAACUCUAUAAAUCAAAGGAAAAAAAAAAGACGAUUUGGCAAAUCCAUUAUAACGAGUUUCAAACAAAAGAGGAAAAAAAGGUUACGAAUGAAAAACAAGACAAUAUCUGAUGGCGAGUCAGACCACAGCAAGGAGAAGGCACAAAUAGUUUACCAUCCUAAGAAGAGGAAAACAAUGAGGUUGUCCCGACAUCUUUCUGACCUGGUCAAGUACACAAAAUCCGUCCGUGUGCAUGACAUAGAAACACAAGCAUUUGAAAACAGUUGGCAGGUAUCAUCCCUCAACGAGACUGUUAUGAACCAGAUCUUACAGCUGAAAGCAGCCGAGUUGGUUCGUUUCAAUCAACGCCAACUUAUAAGAGUCUACCCGUCCAACUACAGAGUGGACUCAAGCAACUUCAACCCACAACUGUACUGGAACGCAGGAUGCCAUAUGGUUGCACUGAAUUAUCAAACAGAGGGCCGUAUGCUUGAUCUGAACCGAGCCAAGUUCUCAAGCAAUGGAAACUGUGGAUAUAUUCUAAGGCCAAAGGUUAUGUGCAAAGGUGCCUUUAACCCCAUGUUAGAAAGUCCCCUACAAGGAACCAGAAAGAUUCAGUUAGUGCUGAAGAUCAUCAGCGGGCAGCAGAUUCCUAAACCCAAAGACUCAAUGUUUGGGGACAGAGGAGAGAUUAUUGAUCCCUAUGUUGAGGUUGAGAUAGUUGGUCUACAUGUGGAUUGUUCCAAGCAGCAAACCAAGGUGGUGGAUGAUAAUGGUUUCAAUCCAAUGUGGGAGGAGACCCUUGUCUUCAACAUUAAAAUGCCACAGAUCGCUCUGGUGCGUUUCCAUGUGUGGGAUCAUAAUCCUCUUGGACGAGAGUUCAUUGGACAGAGAACUGUUGCUCUCAGCAGCUUGAUGCCAGGUUAUCGGCAUGUGUACCUAGAGGGGAUGGCGGAGUCAUCCAUCUUUGUUCAUGUCGCUGUCGUUGACACGUCAUUAAAGAUGAAACCCACAAAUGCGGUGAAUGCGGCUAGAAAACACAUCCAAAAAGCAGCUCAGAAGCAUAUGAAAGGUCCUCAAAAGCAGACUUCUCUAGAUUCCUCUGUCCAGUCCUCAGAAGACGGACGUGGUCUGUUCUUCCGCAGGGAUCUGGAUACCAUUUCUCAGGACAGCAGGAAUGGAGAAAUGUUUCCUCUAGUACAAGGCCCAGCAGCCAAGACUGCUAUCCUAAAAGGGGCCAUGAGUGAGCCUUUGAGAAGAGCGCACCGAGUUAAAAUUCAUGAACCAUCGGGGGCAAGAAGGGGAAUCUUCAGCCGGAUGUCCUCCACUGACUCCUACCACAUGGGGGCUGCUCCCUGUGCAAGAGAAGACAGCUUUGACCUUGAGACCUCACCCCAGGCUUCUUGUGAGGGUCCUGUUAAUGACAGCCAAAAUUCUAUUCAAGAAGAGUGGGAGAAUGAACUUGAUGAACAGUCGGAGUCACACUGUGCUGAGCAGGAGACAGUCCAGAGGUUUGAGCCAAAGAAUCCUGAACAGUUUGAGGACUUACCAACAGAACCAGAGACUGAAGAGUUCACUGCUAUUAAACCUGAGCAACCAACAGACACUCAAAUUCAGACUGAUACACUGUCUCUGCAUCGACCUCAGCCUCUGCCUCGACCCAUGCCACAGCAUCUGCAUCAGCCCGAAGAAAUAUCCUCUCCACUUAUCCCUUCGGCGUCCCCUGCCAGGAUGAGACGGACCUUAGAGGCUCCAGCCACACCCAGACAGUUUACACCAAUACGAACAAAGGCCCGCUCACGUAGUUGCCCUCGAAAAUCAACUGCAUCUGCUCAGACACCUACGGUAAACCGUAAGCCUGCUGUCCCCUGGCAGACGCAAGGAGCACAAAACUACAACAGUUACAGCAGCCAGGUGAGGCCAAUCCCCAACGGCCUCUGUCUGUCUGACAGCACGUCCAGCGGCAGUGGCGGCAGCACAGACAGCCUGGAGUUUGUACCAUCCUGUCUGCCAGCUGGGGCAGAGCCACGUGAAGGCACCCUGCAGAGGGAGAUGAAGGCCCUUUUUGACCAAAAGAUGAGGGAGAUUGGCUGUAAAUCCCCGAUUUUUCUAAAUGAGCACAGCUGAGAUUUGACUGAUGACAACAAGGUCCUUCAGAAGACAAAGAAAAGAGGAACAAUGCAACCACAAAAGAGUUGUAGGAGAAAAUAAUUGAGAUUUUCUUUCUAGAUAAGAAGAUACCAUGCAAAUUACACAAUUAGAUAUAUUUUUUAUUGUUAUAGACCGGCUGUAAUGUUUACAAUUAAUGCAGUUUGUAUGCAUGAAAUAGUUUUUUUAAAAUAAAAAGUUGAAUCAUCUGAUGCAAUUGCCAACUGUACAAAACAGCAUAAAGCACUCAUAAAAAAGUAACAGUAAACUAAGCACACUAGCAGUAUUUUUCAUCUAAUUGUUAACACUGAUCACUGAUUGUUUUUAUCAUAUCAAAACUAUGUUUGCUUUUCUAUUGAAAUUGUAGUAUUACUAUUUUAAAAUCAAUAAAUUGCUUAUUUUAAUAAAAUGUGAGUCCUAUUAUUUGAUAUGCAGAUAUAUUAUUUUAUAUUAUAUCUAUUCAUGCAAGGGAGGUCAAAACCUAUGUAAGUUAAUGGUUAUGUCAAACGUUAAAGAAGAUUUGCCGCUAUCAAAGCUAAAAGUAACGAUUUUCAAAUUUGCUAAGAAUAAAACUAUGUUCAUGUUGUUUAUGCUUUUUCUUUAUCUAUGUCUACAUUUUCUUGGGGUUUGUUUGCAUUACUUGUCCUCAAGCGCAGACUCAGUUCUUCAGUCAGUACGGUGCAGCAGG